CAUGACGUAAUGCGAUCUACUCCAGAAUAGCGCGCGGCGGAGGAGCAGCCGCACGGAACCGUUUUCUUUCUCUGGCUCCUGUCGCCAGUGUUUGUUUAUUUAUGCGGUGUUUGUUUGCUCAGCGGUAAGCCUGGCAGGAGGGAGGGAUUCGCGGCGGGAUGUCGGCGUUAAAGGAGAACCAGUGUUACGGACUAUCCAGCGGUAAACUGAGCCGCGGCGGUAACAUCUCUGUUUUUCAGGUCAAACUCACUGACAGCGCGGCAAGAGCCAUUGGCUCCUUUCAAAACGGCAAGGGUUGGUCUUCGCAUCCCAGCAUCUGUUUUAAUGGGAACCAAGGGAGAAUCACUGUCCCUUGCUCAGAGAACGGAGACGAAUUGAGGAUAUUCACCUUUGGCGUGACUAAUGUCGCCCGUGACAAUCCCCAUGGAAGCUUUGACUGCGUCCAGCAGCUCGGCACUGGUGCUGCCGAGGAGCUGUCUUGUCUCGGGGUGAUUCAGAAGAAGAUGACAGUCAACGCUACUGAUGACUCGUACGAUAAGGCUCGUCAGAGCAUGGCCCAAGCUGAGGAGGAGACGCGCAGUCGAGGGGCCAUUGUCAUCAAACACGGGGGGCGCUACCAGGGCAAGAAAGUAACAGUGCGAGCCCCGACCCCAGCGCUGGCCAGUCUGUCCAAGCCCCGACACUCAAGCGGGCUCAGCACACUCAGCACCAUCAAGAAGGGGGUCGUCGUGUCCAAGCCGAAAAAGAGUGCCUGUGCUUCAAACAGGAAGAGCUUGGGUGACGUGCAGGAGCAGCCGCUCAGGGAGAGAGUAACACACCUGCUGGCUCUGAGGCCAUACAAGAGGCCUGAGCUGAUCUUGAGGCUGCAGAAAGAUGGACUGACAGCAGGAGACAAAGACAUGCUGGACUCUGUUCUGACGGAGGUUGGCCAGAUCAAUAGCAGAGACAACACAUUUGUUCUAAAGGACAGUCUCUAUAAGGAGCUACAGAAGGACUGGCCAGGCUACACCUCGGGAGACCAGCAGCUUCUUAAGCGAAUUCUUGUCAGGAGGCUAUUUCAGCCACAACAGAACCUCCUCACUGUCCCAGAGGCCCAAGUCAGUCCACUGCGAGACACCCCCAAUUCCUCCCCGGCACACCGUCCUAAACCUUCCCUCUCAGAAGAAUACACCGACCCUCUGGCGAGUAAGAAGCCCAGGAUAUCUCGCUUCACGUCCAGCAAGGCAACUAGCAACACGUCCAGAGCGAGGCCGUCCAAACAAGAGGCUCAUAAAGACGUCACCGAUGCAGCGGGGAACGAGGGGCAAAAGACGAACUCGCUCGAUCCUCGAAGACUUUGUGAUUCUUUGUCAGCGGUCUGUCAGCGGGAAGCAGAAGUGGCCAAGAGACUUGAACCAACACUUUGUGGUCAGGAGGAGCCCAAGACCACAGCAGAACACACCCGACCCUUCUCUGAUCGCCCUCCGUCCCCGCUGACGGUGCCUGACCUGGACAGACACACGAUCAAAAGGAAGAAGAGCAAACACAAACACAGAGAUCAGGAGAAGGACCGGUGGAGAGACAGGAAAGAAAGGAGAAAAGAUCAGAGCUCAGAGGAUCCAAACAACAAAGUUGCCAUGAGCUGUACAGAGCCAAGUGAAAUUUUGUUUGAAACUAAUGUGCUUCAAGCGGACGACGGUACUGCAGACUAUCUAGUGAUGUAUACAGGGAUUCGCAGUCAUGACCAGAGACAGUGCUACAAGCAGGACUUUAACAGGGAGUACAGCGAAUACAGAGAUUUACACGCUCGUAUUGACAACGUGACGCGUCAGUUCAUGAAGCUGGACACACAACUCAAACAGCUACACCACGAGUCACACAAAUACAAGAGGGUUCAUAAUCAAAUUCUUCAAGAGUAUCGCAAAAUUAAAAAGUCCAACCCCAACUACAACCAGGAAAAGAGUCGGUGUGAAUAUCUACACAACAAACUGGCUCACAUCAAGAAGCUCAUAUCAGAGUACGACCAGCAACAACUCAGUGCGGAGGAUUCGAGCCUCAGCUGAGCUGUAGACCAGUGAACUUAGAGAGUGCAGUAAUCACCCUCAGGCAGGGGAGGUUUACGCUGCUGAGCUGGAAUCCGCAGUCACAAGAUCUGCUGGAAAUGUCAUUAAGGUCAGGAGUGGUUUGUGAAGAGCAGCAGUGGUGUGCUGGGAAAAGCAGCCUUGUAAUAUGAGAUCUUUUGUUGAAAGAUGGAAGGUUUCUUUGAAAAGUUGACCUUGUGGACUGCUACUACAAUGACAUGAUACUUCCAAGGACACAAGAAGCAGUCACGGUUUCACAAAGGCUCUCAAAGUUAAACUCUUUAAAAAUGCAAACAGAUACAUGUGGAGAUGAGGUGCUAUGUCUAAAAACAUUUGUAGAUUCCCAUCCCACAUUUUAGUUUUAGUUUUUUGUGGUUAAUUCCAUUUGGGUAUUUGCUUAUGUGUUGGCCAUGUCAGUGUUUAAACCGAAGGCAUGACAAAACUGCAUGCUGUACAUAUCCAGACAGCUCAUAUGAAUGACAGCUGAGUGUCCUGGUGGCAGCUGGGAUUUCCCUAAAGUUUUGCCAGUGCCUGAAAUGGUUCAUUCUGAACUGGAUUCAUAGUAUUCCACUGGUGUUGUCCUUCAUGUGGCUUUCUUGGAGCGCAGAAGACUGUUAAUGUUGAACAUAAUGCUGACUCAAAGUUGUAUUCAGGGAAUUUACAGUAAUGGGCUGCAGUUAAGGUGUUUUAACUUAAAGCUGAUUUUGAUUGUCAGGGUACAGAAAGUUAUUGUUACUGUAGGCUGAGCCUGUGAAGAGAAAUACAUGCAUGCUGUCUACUUUACAGAAUGCAUGAGGAAUAAAUCAAAGGUUUUGUGAGUUUCAAAUAAAUUCAUUUGUAUUCGUUUU